UGUAAUUGAACCCGUUAAAUAAUAUAAUUCGGUGGGUUUGGCAAUACUAUACUCAUAAUCAUCGCUAGUUUUAGGAUGGACUACUUGUGGCUUUGUUACUAAUAUUAUUUAUUUCCUAAUACUGGAUUACUCUGGGUAAUGACUACUGGUGUGUGUCGUCGUUUAGAAAGGUGACCAAAUUAUAAUUACUUUUGUUUACAAAGGUAUCUGUUUGCAGUCCAUCAGCUGUGUCAGUGUUGUGCUGCGAACCUAGUGCGUGCACGCAUCAUUUCUUUGGGAAAACUAGAUCACGUCCAGUGUCAUGCAAUUCAGGUUCUAUACGGUUGAUGAAGAAGUUGUGAAGGUUGUAGUUUAGCGAGUUAAAAUGCAUUAAAGGAAGCACGCAUGCUUCCGGGUUUUGCUUUCUGGUUUUGUGGAGGAUGAUGAAGAAGCGGUUGAUCUGGUUAAUCAGUGGAAUAAAUAGAAGGAUGACGAAGUUCCUCAUUGCCCUCGCUUUAAUCGCCUAUAUUGCCUCUGUAUGGGGAACCUAUACAAGUAUGAGAACCAUACAAGAAAAUGGGGAACUGCAAAUAGAGAGGAAGAUUGAAGAGGUAAUUGCACCCCUGCGGGAGAAAAUCCGAGAUUUGGAAGUCAGUUUCACCCAGAAAUACCCUCCGGUAAAGUUCCUGUCUGAAAAGGACCGCAAACGGAUUCUACUAACUGGAGGAGCAGGGUUUGUCGGAUCCCACUUGGCUGAUAAACUCAUGAUGGACGGCCAUGAAGUCACGGUGGUAGACAACUUCUUCACGGGCCGUAAAAGAAAUGUAGAACACUGGAUUGGACAUGAGAACUUCGAACUGAUCAACCAUGAUGUUGUUGAACCGCUAUACAUUGAAGUGGAUCAGAUUUAUCACCUGGCCUCUCCUGCAUCUCCGCCAAAUUAUAUGUACAAUCCAAUCAAGACUCUGAAGACCAAUACCAUUGGAACUUUAAACAUGUUGGGUUUAGCAAAACGCGUUGGUGCUCGCCUUCUAUUAGCCUCCACUUCUGAGGUAUAUGGAGACCCAGAGGUGCACCCUCAGAGUGAAGAAUACUGGGGCCAUGUGAAUCCAAUUGGUCCCAGAGCCUGCUAUGAUGAAGGGAAGCGAGUAGCAGAAACCAUGUGUUAUGCCUACAUGAAGCAGGAAGGAGUGGAGGUGCGGGUCGCACGAAUAUUUAAUACUUUUGGGUCUCGCAUGCACAUGAAUGACGGCAGAGUUGUCAGCAAUUUCAUUCUACAGGCACUCCAAGGAGAACCUCUCACAGUUUAUGGAUCAGGGUCCCAAACAAGAGCAUUCCAGUAUGUGAGUGACCUGGUGAAUGGACUGGUGUCCUUGAUGAACAGCAAUGUUAGCAGCCCUGUGAACUUGGGGAACCCAGAAGAGCAUACAAUAUUAGAAUUUGCCAGAUUAAUCAAGGACCUUGUCGGCAGCAGAAGUCAGAUCCAAUUUCUUCCAGAGGCACAGGACGAUCCACAAAGGAGAAAACCUGACAUCACAAAGGCCAAAAUGAUGUUAGGAUGGGAGCCUGUGGUACCGUUGGAAGAAGGCAUCAAUAAAACUAUUCACUACUUCAGAAAAGAACUUGAAUACCAGGCAAACAACCAAUAUAUCCCCAAACCCAAACAAGCAAGAAUAAAGAAAGGCAGACCAAGACACAACUAGUGAGCACAUUUUUCAGAAGGGACUUAUUUGCCCUGCUGAUUGACAAUUUACCAAGGAAUGGUAAAAACUGAUAAACUGAACUUUUUUUUCUUUUGUGUUUUUUUUUUUUUUUCUUUUGGUGAAGAGCAAACUAGAAUUUUUUAAAACACCUCAAAUCAAGCUUGCUUUACAAAGAUGGAUGUGCAUAAAAAAAAAAACCUUGCAAGUCUUGCCUUAUACUUUUUAAUCUGUUUUUUUUUUUUUAAAUUAGAGUAGAAAAAUGUGUUUUAUAUUAUGCAGUUCAUUUGAUGUGAAACUUUGUUUAAAAUAUUUAAGUCUCUUAAAUUCCAGAUGAAGUGUGGAAGGAAAAAAAAAUGUAAAAAAAAAUGAUUUAUUUAAAAUGUAUAAUGUGAAGUAUGUUUGUGACUUCCCUAUGCAUAAAGAGGCUUUAAUGAGCAAGCAGUGUUGUCUUGUUUGGUACACUGCCAUUGUUUGUAUAGUUAGCAUUGGCUCAUCUGUCGUCUUUGAAUAUCUUUUAAGUCACACAUUUUCUAGAUAGGUUUGAAAUCUAAAAUAUACUGACUGUUUCCUUUAUAACCAUGAAUAGGUAAGGUGGUUCUGAAUUCUUACUGUGUUACACUGUGUGUGCUCUGGGGCAGGGGGGAUGACGACAACACGUUACUGUAUUACUGGCUACCAGUGAUUUAAAUACGCUAUUUUAAUAAAAUAUUUUUAAAG